GAUGGACGUCGCUCAUAUCUUGUGGCUUGUUACCAGUGUUUUGUUUUGCAUUCAGUCGAGAGUUUUUGGGGAAAGUGAUGACUACACUCAAGAUCCAACUUACAUAUAUUGCCGAUACACUCAAAAGUUCGAUGCUCUCGUAAAUUCGACGGGACACAUUUACAGCCCGAAAUAUGGAGAAGGAGAUUACCCAGCCGAGCUUGGAUGCAACUAUGAAAUAUCUUUCCCUCGUAAUUACCGAGUUAAAGUUACCUUUAAAGAUUUCGAUAUUGAUCCAUCUGACAGCUGUGAUCAAGAUAAAUUAGAAUUCUGGGGAGAAGAAGGCAACAAUGUUUUGGGAAUCUUUUGCGGCUCAGACAUUCCAAGACCAAUAUUUUCUGAAAAGGGAGACCAACUUCUUAGAAUUACCUUCAACACAGACUACAUGGGAACAGGUCGAGGAUUCCAUAUCUAUUACGAAGCUUCUCCUACUAUAGAUGACUGUGAUUCUGGACAUAUUUUGUGCAAGAACAGGAAUUGCGUUCCUCAAAGCAAGAAAUGUGAUGGAAAAGAUGAUUGCGAAGACGGUACAGAUGAGCAAGGAUGUAACUUUCCUGUAGUUACUCCAUCAAAUUGCGGCACAACCCCGAUAAUACCAAACACUAUUUAUGGCAGUCGAGAUAGAGUUGUAGGUGGUGAGCCUGCAAAACCUCAUAGCUGGCCAUGGCAAGUUUCCCUCCAGAAAUUCUACAUUGAACCGAAUUCCCAUUCUUGUGGUGGUACUCUAAUUAACUCGCAAUGGGUUCUUACCGCAGCUCAUUGUUUUAAAUACAAUGCUGACCCAUAUAUCUACCGUAUUCAUCUUGGAAGUCAUUAUAAAUAUAAGAAAGAUUCUGGAGAACAGAUUCGAUAUGCAGAACGAAUUAUUGGAUAUCCAGAUUUAGAAAUGGAUAGACUCAGAGGACAUUUUGGAGUGAAAGAUGACAUUGCAUUGAUUAAACUGAAUGCUCCUGUUCAAUUUACCAACACUGUCCAACCAGCAUGUGUUCCAAGUUUUGGAUGGAAUUUACCAGCAGAAACUAACUGUUAUGCCACAGGCUGGGGCGAAACAAGAGGUUCUGGAUUUGCACAUGUAUUAAAACAAACUCUGCAAACAAUACAGUCUACAGACAAAUGUGAUCAUGACACUUCACAUCAAAUAUGCACCGUGCAUCCAAACCACUUUAAUUCCCCAUGUCAUGGGGACAGUGGUGGACCUUUAGCAUGUAAUUUUGGAGGAAGAUGGUACGUGAUGGGCGAUACGAGUUAUGCAACGCAUGGUAACAUGUUGAGUGGUGGAUUGUGUGGGAUGCCAGAAAAUAAGGUUAUCUUUAGCAAGGUCUCUGAUAAGGCUAACUGGAUAAAAGAUACAGUGAAUAAGUACAGCUAAUAGGUGAACACGACAAUUGUGCGUUUGACGGUGAGUUGAGCAAAAACAGCCAAAUGAA